AUGCCUCCUUCUCAGUACGCGAAUGGGGACAGCUCCAGCAGCAUGGGUGAGACCACCGGCGUCCCGGACAUGGACCUAUACGACCUACUACACGUUACUCACGAUAGCGACGCUGACGCUAUUCGACAGGGAUAUUUGAAUCAGAGCAAAUUGCACCAUCCCGACAAGAGAGCGUCGCAGGGUGGGGAUCCGGAGGCGUUCAGAAGGAUCAACUACGCCUAUCGGGUUCUGUCCAAUCCGACAAUGAGGUCCUUUUAUGAUAAGUACGGGGUGGAUGGCAUCAGCAUGGCUGAUGGUGUUGUGGUCAAGCAGGAUGAGACUUUGGCUAAUCUUGAGCGACGAGUAAGGGCCAUGAUGAGGGGUAAUGAGGAAAUGAAGGUUCAUAGGAUGUUCAACCUGCAAGGUGAUAUGACUACUGGCCUCAAGUUCAGGGACUGGCAGGAGGCCCCACGGUGGGUGUAUACGAGUUUUACUCAUGGUAUGGGCAUCACUAUGGGAAGGCACAACUUCACAGUGGUCACUGCGAGCAAUGUCCAAGCCAAUGGAGGAGGAGUUGGGAAAAUGACGUAUUUUUGGCAGACGGGGUGGACCCCCUACAUGCAGAGCCGUGUGAUGGUUGACACUGUAGCGGGGCAGUGGUGGCCACCGGCCGUGGAAGCGGUCAUUACUCGGCAAGUUGGUCAACAUUCUACUGUGAGGCAGACGGUCUCUUGGACACAGACGGGUGGUGUGGGCGCGGCCAUGACCUGGGGCCUGCAGCUUUUCAAGGACUGGGCUGGCAGUGUCACACUGGCUGUUGGCAAUGGCAAUCACGCGGCAUUCGAGGUUGAGAAAACCAACUCGGAAGUGGGGAGUGAUGAGGACCUUGCCAGGAUAAGGGUUUGGGAUCGCUGCACUAUGAAGUAUACUUUUACUAUUGAGGGAGAGGGCAACAUCGCCAUGGAGGCCAAGACCGUACUCCCCUUCAGUGGCGGCUUUGAGGUCUCCUGUGGUCCCACAAUGUCUCUGUCAGCUGGUGCAGGUAUUGAGCUCAGGUGCUCUCAGCGGCUGAACGGGGCGGAGAGUUUGACUGACUGGGAGGAGCUCGAUGGGGUCUUUCCGACGCUUAUCCAGUGGUCGCUGAUGCUCCGAUGGCCCAACUUCGACUCGGCUGUAUUGAAGUUCCGCUUUACUCGAGGCGGCGCUGCCUUUACUAUUCCGUUGGAGUUCUCCGUGCCGGGGGAUAACACGGCUGUUGCUGUGGCAAGCAGUGUGUUUCUGGCAGCUCCACUUGCAGUGAAAGUUGUGCGAGAGACGGUACGAAGGCUGAAAAAAAACUGA